AUGUCUUCAGCCAAGGAGGCGCUAGAGCUCUUCAAGGAGAGAGAAGACAAGGCCGGCGAAGCAGGAGCUGUGAUCUUGAUGGCCGAGACGCAUUAUGCGGGGGGUCGACACGACAAGGCUGAGGAGACUGUCAAGGAGGGCAUCGCCCUGGCAGCUGCCUGUGGAGACCAGCGCAAAGAGGAGUACGGCAAAGCCCUGGCAUCGCAGAUUCAGCAGA